UUUAUGCAUCACCUAUCGCUAUUCCAUCAUCACCUACAUUUGAAUUUGGUUGUGCUAAAUUCCCGGUCAAUUGCGUUGAUGAUUCAGAAUGUAAGGACGGACAAGUUUGCAGAGCAACUACUGAAGGAUCUUCUUGUGCACGUAACACAACAUCUACCGAUAAUAAUAAACCUACUUCUGCUGCUGAUCUCAAAAGACUUAAACAUAUUUGUGGUAAUGGAGUUGGUG